AUGGCUUCCAUCAAACUCAUAUCAACCAUUCACGUUAAGUCGCUUUGGAAUUUCAUCAAUUCAUGGUCUAAAAUCUCAUGUGGUCUCGAUCAACCAUCUAAACUCCCAACACUUAAUCGUUGGUUUCUCGACCAUUUAGUUGAAGCUCCCAUCAAAUUUCCUUUUCCAAAAGAGGAAAACCUAAAAAAAGAAAUCAAGUAUUUUUUAGUCAUAGAUGCUCGAAGCCGAGUUGUUUCGCGGUUGUGUGAGAAUUACUUUGGAAACGCCUUGCAGGUAAAAAGUCCAAGGUUGUUUCAAGGAAGGCUUAGUAGUGUUAAGCCUUUGGCAACUAGUAGUUCUCCAAGGUUUGAUGUUUAUGGUAAUGAUUUUGGUUGGGGUAAGCUUGUUGCUGUUAGAAGUGGGGGUGCGAAUAAAAGUGAUGGAACUAUUACUAUGUUUUGUGGGGAAGAAGAAGGUAGUAUUGAUGUUGAAGUUUUUCUUUCUUAUGAUAUGUUGGCAGCUAUGGGAAAUGAUCCUCAAUUCAUAAAUAUCUUUUAG